GCCGGGCGGGGGAUGCUCCGCGCCGCCGCAGGUGCCGCGCUCCCGAACCGCGCCGGGCCGGGCCGGGCCGGGCUGAGCUGCCCCGGGAAGCGGAGCGAUGCCGGCGGCGAGCACCGCGCUGUAACCCGCACCCCGCCUUCCUCCUCCACCUCCCGCCCGCGAGUCCGGGGGCGCCGAGGGGGCGAGGAGGCGGCGGCAGGCGCGGCGCGGGGCGGGGGCCGCCGCCGCCCUCCGAGCAUCCAUCCAUCCAUCCCUCCAUCCAUCCCUCCCUCCAUCCCUCCCUCCGCGCCGCCUCCCUCCCUCCCUGCCGGCUCUAUGGUGUGAGGGCAGCGAUGCACAAGCACCACCACUGCUGCAAGUGCCCCGAGUGCUACGAGGUGACGCGGAUGGCGGCCCUGCGGCGCAUGGAGCCCCCCUCCUACGGCGAGUGGCAGCACGAGCAGUACGGGUACGGCGGGUACGGUUCGCAGACCCUGCCCGCGCCCGGGGGCAACGCGCCCGCCGCCCGCGGCAAGGCCAAGCUGGGAGGGGGCCCCCCCCGGGACCCCGCCGCGCUGAAGCCGCCGCCGCCACCGCCGGGGAAGAGCGCGCCCAAGGUGAACGGGAGCGGCCCGGGCUGGUGGCCCGAGUGCACGUGUUCGACCCGCGACUGGUACGAGCAGGCCAACCCCGCUCCCAUUAUCGUGAACCCAGAGUCGCUGGAACAAGGGCUCUCUGUGAACGGCAGCGAUGGGAUGUUCAAGUACGAGGAGAUCGUCCUGGAGAGGGGGAACUCCGGCCUCGGCUUCAGCAUAGCGGGAGGCAUCGACAACCCCCACAUUCCAGAUGACCCCGGCAUCUUCAUCACCAAAAUCAUCCCUGGGGGAGCCGCAGCCAUGGACGGCCGUCUGGGGGUGAACGACUGCGUGCUGCGGGUGAACGACGUGGACGUGUCCGAGGUGGUGCACAGCAAAGCAGUGGAGGCCCUGAAGGAAGCGGGCCCUGUGGUGCGGCUCGUGGUGCGCCGCCGGCAGCCCCCACCAGAGACCAUCAUGGAGGUCAACCUGAUGAAGGGCCCCAAAGGCCUGGGUUUCAGCAUUGCCGGGGGCAUCGGGAACCAGCACAUCCCCGGGGACAACAGCAUCUACAUCACCAAGAUCAUCGAGGGAGGUGCUGCCCAGAAGGACGGGCGCCUGCAGAUCGGGGACCGGCUGCUAGCGGUGAACAACACGAACCUGCAGGACGUGCGGCACGAGGAGGCAGUGGCUGCCCUGAAGAACACCUCUGACAUGGUGUACCUGAAGGUGGCCAAGCCCGGCAACAUCCACCUCAACGACAUGUACGCGCCCCCCGACUACGCCAGCACCUUCUCAGCACUGGCUGACAACCACAUAAGCCAUAACUCCAGUAUGGGCUACCUGGGAAGCAUGGAGAGCAAGCCUGCCUACCCUGUCCCCCAGCAGGUGACUCCAUCUCGGUACUCGCCUAUCCCUCGGCACAUGAUGGGGGAUGAUGACUUCACCAGGGAGCCCCGGAAAAUCAUCCUGCAUAAAGGCUCCACCGGCCUGGGCUUCAACAUCGUCGGAGGGGAGGAUGGCGAGGGCAUCUUCGUGUCCUUCAUCCUGGCCGGAGGCCCGGCCGACCUCAGUGGGGAGCUGCGGAGGGGAGACCGCAUCCUCUCGGUGAACGGCGUCAACCUCCGCAACGCGACCCACGAGCAGGCGGCGGCGGCGCUGAAGCGCGCGGGGCAAACGGUGACGAUCGUGGCUCAGUACCGGCCCGAGGAGUACAGCCGCUUCGAGUCGAAGAUCCACGACCUGAGGGAGCAGAUGAUGAACAGCAGCAUGAGCUCCGGCUCCGGCUCGCUCCGCACCAGCGAGAAGAGAUCUCUCUAUGUCCGAGCCCUGUUUGACUAUGACCGGACCCGGGACAGUUGCUUGCCCAGCCAGGGGCUCAGCUUCUCCUAUGGGGACAUCCUGCACGUCAUCAACGCCUCCGACGACGAGUGGUGGCAGGCCAGGCUGGUGACUCCGCACGGCGAGAGCGAGCAGAUCGGGGUCAUCCCCAGCAAGAAGAGGGUGGAAAAGAAAGAGAGAGCGCGGUUGAAAACGGUGAAGUUCCACGCCAGGACUGGCAUGAUUGAGUCUAACAGGUCGAUCAAAACGAAACGUAAAAAGAGUUUCCGCCUCUCUCGAAAGUUUCCAUUUUACAAGAGCAAAGAGAACCUGGCCCAGGAGAGCAGCAGACAGGAACAGGGUGUGACGUCCAACACCAGUGACAGCGAGAGCAGCUCCAAAGGACAAGAGGACACCAUCCUGUCGUACGAGCCGGUGACGCGGCAAGAAAUUCACUACGCGAGGCCGGUGAUCAUCCUGGGUCCCACCAAGGACCGGGUCAACGACGACCUCAUCUCUGAAUUCCCACACAAGUUUGGCUCCUGCGUGCCCCACACCACCAGGCCCCGGCGUGACAACGAGGUGGACGGGCAGGAUUACCACUUCGUCGUGUCCCGGGAGCAGAUGGAGAAGGACAUCCAGGACAACAAGUUCAUAGAGGCUGGGCAGUUCAACGACAACCUCUACGGGACCAGCAUCCAGUCAGUGCGGGCAGUGGCGGAGCGGGGGAAGCACUGCAUCCUGGAUGUGUCUGGCAAUGCUAUCAAGAGGUUGCAACAAGCACAACUUUAUCCCAUUGCCAUUUUCAUCAAACCAAAAUCCAUCGAAGCUCUCAUGGAGAUGAACCGGAGGCAGACGUAUGAACAGGCCAACAAGGUCUUCGACAAAGCCAUGAAGCUGGAGCAGGAGUUCGGCGAGUACUUCACAGCCAUUGUACAAGGAGACUCUCUGGAAGAGAUCUACAGCAAAAUCAAACAGAUCAUUGAGGACCAAUCCGGGCACUACAUCUGGGUCCCGUCCCCAGAGAAACUCUGAAGAUGUUCCCCUCCUGCUUCCCUGCGAGCAGAAGAUCUCUUCAGUCCCACCUCACCCGAGCCCUCUGCCCCGAGGGGGGGAUAUGAAAACUAUUCCUGCCCCUUUUUUAGAUCGUCGCAAAAUUGAGUUUUCUAGUCCUGUUUCUUUUGUUGGGAUGAACUCAUCUCAUUCCUCACGUGACUGUUCCCGCUGUUCCUGCAUGGACCUUCCCACUGCUCCAUUAGAGACAGAUGAGAACCCAUUCAAGGUCGUUUUUUAUUACUAUUAUUAUUAUUAUUAUUAUUA